UACGUUGUCAAGUUACUGUGUCUGAACGAAUCUGACGAAGCUCUGAGAAUGGACCGUGAUGGAGAUCCUCCAUUCAGCAAUGGACUGCAUUUGGCAAACUUGGCUGUGUCAUCGAAUCUUCUUCAGGAUUCAUGGAAUGACAUAUCCGAACUUGAGCGGAGAAUCAACCAACACUUCCUCUUGCGUUGUGUAAAGAGGGUGUUUCCGCAAUUUGAACCCGCGACCUUCCGAUCAUAUGGGAAUAUCCCUGUAAUAAUCGAUGAAUUUCACCACCUGAAGUACAAUAUCAUUGCUUUCGUCACCGCACCAGUUACUACAGGCCAACUUCAAGAAGAAAGAGAUUUGGUUUCUUCAUUGGAUAUCCCCGAAUUUCACUUCCUAUGCUCCGAAAACAAUUCAACUUUUCAUAUAAACAAAGCUGCGAUUUCUCUGUUCAACUCUCUUCAAAACAAGCUCUCUAUACUCAAAGAAAAGGUUGUAGCUUCAGCCAAUUCUGAGGACUCUGUUCCCUAUAUUAUUACAGGACACUGUUUGGGUGGAUCCAUCGCCUCCCUUUUCACAUUAUGGAUUCUAAACAAGCUCGACGCAACGAAGAGAACGCUCCCCCUUUGUAUCACUUUCGGUUCGCCGCUCCUCGGGGACAGUGCCUUCCAACAAGCCAUAUCGCAAUAUUCGACCUGGAAUUCAUGCUUCUUGCAUGUAGUUCAUAAGGAUGAUUGCUUCCCUAGACUAUUCCUUCACCCUCCCACCACUAACCCAAGUCAAUACAAACCUUUCUGUACAUUUCUUUUGUGUUCUGAAUCAGGUGCCGCCUGUUUUGAAGCCCCUGAGUCCGUCAUGGAGCUGCUCACGUCGGAAAUUGUUGUUGGAAACCGAGAGUCGCAAAGUGUUGAUUAUAAGAAUGUCAUUGGAUGCCUAGAGCAAAGAUUAAUUCACUAUGAUUGUUCUCGGUUGAAUGGUCAAGAAGCAGAUUCAUAUAAAGCUGGGGUAUUGGUCGGCCUCAAGUCAAUUCAGCAGCAGAAUGAGGUCAGUGAUGCUCUGAUAGAGGACAUAGUAAAGCAUGAACGAGGCGUCAUCAGACGACAAAGAGAGGCAUUUGAUCCUGCCAAGAAGUUGGACGAAAUGAAAGUGUACCUGGCUUUCUUGGAGUGGUACAUGAAGGUAUGCAAAGCCAACGGCCAGGGUCCUGGUUACUAUGACAGCUUCAAAAAUGCACGAGAAAGGCGUGACAAUGGAGUUGAUAAGUACAAGACGAUCCUCACGGAUUACUGGGAGCGUGUGGUCACAGAAGCGGACAAGAAGCCUCAAGUAUGGGGCACUCCACUGCGGAACCGUUGGCUCUUUGGAGGGACAAAUUACCGGAGGAUAGUUGAACCGCUGGACAUAGCGGAAUAUUACAAAAGGGGCCGGAAGGAUUACUUAAAUCGAGGAAGAUCCGAACACUACAAGCUGCUUCAAAAAUGGCUGGAAGAUCAUCCAAAAGAAAAGUCCAAGGAGCAGGCUGGUCCUUCGAAUUCGAAAUUGAAAAACAUCGAGUCGAGUGUGACGGAGGAUUCGUGCUUUUGGGCACACGUGGAGGAGGCCAUCCGGUCGUGCAGAUUGCUGGAAAGCGGAGGAUCAUCAAACAGUUCCGAAAGAGCAAAACUAAUCGAGUUUGAGAAAUAUGUUAUGGGUUUGAUCAAGGAGUGCAAGGUUUCGCCUGACAUAUUUCUGGAGAAAAGCAGCUAUAUGCAAUGGUGGAGGGAGUAUGUGGAGAUCUUGAAGAGGCCAAUGAUGGGUGAUUCUCAGAACUCACCACUUGUUGCUUUCAUGGGGGAUGAGCCCUACAAGAAUUAUGCUAAAGGUUCCCCAAGGAUGUUUCAAGAGGGUCAUUCAAAUGUGAAUCCACCCGAUUCCUCAAAUGCGAGUCUUAGGUCGACAGAAGGACGCAAAAUCUCUCCCUCAUCCUUUUCUCUGCAAUUUUCCCUGCGUUUCCUUUCCCUUUCCCUCGUCCUUCUCCUUUCCCUCUGCCUUUGCCUUUUUCUUUUCCUUUCCUACUUCUCUAGAUAAAUUCCCAAAAGAGACAUCUAUACUGAUGCCCUCGGCAACAUACAGACUUCGAUCCCAACAUUGAAUUUGUGGAUGUGGUAUAUAUGCCUACUAUGUUCUUAUCAGCAAA